AACCAAACAAAUGGAGGAACAUAAUGUAUUAUGUAUCAUUUGUAUAGGAGCAUACAUUUAUGACCACAUUAGAUUGUAUGCUUUUAAGAUUAACAUUUUAGUUCUUAAAAAUGCUCAUUUGAAUAGGUUAUGCUGCUGAAUACUGUAAAAGGUCUGUAUAAAAAAGAAAGUCAUGCAAAAUAAACAUACACAAACUUUAUAUUAACAAUAAAGUAAAUACAGUAAAACAAUAUUUAAUAAAUAUGAUUUAUAAGAUGAAGACGACAUAAAAACGUAUUGAACUGUUUUAAAAGUCCAUAUGAGAAUUUCUGAAACUGAAGCCGACUCGCAAUAAACUUGAAACGCACGUCAUCGGUGUCAUCAGUGAAUCCAGCCAAUCGUGGAUCAGUUGUGUCGUCAUCAGAACCUGUGCAGCCGCUCUUCAGAAGCUGCGCUGGCUGAGUUCUCCGGCUACUCUCGAAUCGCUCUCGUGGUACUUUGACGGCACACGUCACAGUCACGUGGCGUCAGCGCUGUAUCAAGUCGGACAAAAUUUCUAACCGGCAUGCACUGCUUCAAGUCAGCCGACGAUCGGUUUGCGCAAAACUGCAUGAAGUCGAACAAGCCUAUUGUUUAUUAUAGGAGUCACCUGACAGGGGCGCCAAAAUAGUGCGUCAUAGAAACGCAGAGCGGCGCCUUCACCCUGUGUGAAUUAAAUCGGAGCUGGCAAUGCCUGGAUUUGAUUUUCCAGCUAUUUUUAUUGUUUAAUCUGUGAAUGGCGCCUAAACAGGACCCUAAACCUAAAUUUCAAGAAGGUGAACGAGUGCUGUGCUUUCAUGGGCCAUUGCUAUACGAAGCUAAGUGUGUAAGAAUCAAUAUCAAGGACAAACAAGUGAAAUACUUUAUUCAUUACAGUGGAUGGAAUAAGAACUGGGACGAAUGGGUUCCUGAAAGCCGUGUGCUCAAAUAUGUGGACAGUAACCUGCAGAAACAGAAAGAGCUUCAGAAGGCAAAUCAAGACCAUUAUGUUGAGGGAAGGAUGAGGGGUGUCGCACCGAGCAAGAAAAUCGCUGCUGUGCAGCAAAAAAAUGUAGAUGUAAAAACAAAGAAGAACAAGCAAAAGACGCCAGGGGCUGGAGAGGGCACUAGCACUGGGGACAUGCCUCACCCCCCACGCAAGAAGAGGGCACGUGUUGACCCAACUGUGGAGAGUGAGGAGACUUUUAUUAACAGAGUUGAAGUGAAAGUAAAAAUUCCCGAAGAGUUAAAACCAUGGCUGGUAGAUGACUGGGACCUGAUCACUAGACAGAAGCAGCUUUUUCACUUGCCUGCAAAAAAGAAUGUAGAUGAUGUCCUUGAGGACUAUGCAACUUACAAGAAAUCAAGAGGAAACUCUGAUAACAAGGAAUUUGCCGUAAAUGAGGUGGUUGCUGGAAUCCGCGAGUACUUCAAUGUCAUGUUGGGCACGCAGCUCCUCUACAAGUUUGAGAGGCCGCAGUAUGCAGAGAUCCUAGCAAACCAUCCAGAUACAUCCAUGUCGAAGAUCUACGGAGCUCCACACCUGCUGAGGCUUUUUGUGAGAAUUGGAGCAAUGCUGGCCUACACACCUCUGGAUGAGAAGAGUCUGGCCCUGCUUCUCAGCUACCUACAAGAUUUUUUAAAGUAUUUGGUGAAGAAUUCAUCGUCUUUGUUCAGUGCAAGUGACUAUGAGGUUGCACCUCCGGAAUAUCAUCGCAAAGCUGUCUGAGGGCAAAGCCAGUGAGGAUGCUUGGUGCUACGUUCUGAUCCUCAUUUUAUUUUAUUUUUUUAAAUCCAUUCAUCAGUCUUGUGGAAGAUCUUAGUGCCCACAACAUCAUUCAAUAUUGAUUCAGUACUUUAAGGAUGAUGUCUGGUAUUUCAAAUGAGGAUUAAAUCUCUUCAGAAAGCUGCUGGUAAUUGCACCCAUUUUAUUGAUCCAUUUUUUAAUGUAUUAUUGAUAAACAGAACCUGGUCAUGUAUAGUUGAAAUGCUGCAUCAUUUGUUUUUGUUUCGUAUGUCUUUUUUCCUUUUUUUUUUUUUUUUUUUUUGUCAAAUGAUUAAUCGCGAUUUAUCACAUCCAAAAUAAGAUUUUGUUUACAUAAUACAUAUAUGUGUACUGCGUUUAUUAUGUAUAUAUAAAUACACACACCUACAGUAUAUAUUUUGAAAAUAUUUACACGUGUGUAUAUACAUUUUUAUAUUUAUAUAUAAAUAUUUAAUAUGUAAACUAAAUAUUUUUCUUAAAUAUACAUGCAUGUGUAUGUUUUUAUAUAGACAAUAAAUAUACACAGUACACACUGAUGUAUUAUGUAAGCAAAAUCGUAUUUUUGAUGUGGUUAAUCGUGAUUGAUCAUUUUUGUUUGAUGGCACUAUUAUUAUUAUUUUUUUUUUAUCAAACACGUCAGUCAAUAAAUUGUUCUUUUCAGCUAUGACUGCUGCAUUUUUUUUCCCCCCUACAUGACUUUUGCCAAUUUUCUUUUAAAAAUGUUGAAUCGCUUUAACGAUGGCUCACAUCUUACUGUUAAAUGUAAAGGUCAUUUAGCAAUAUUAAUUCAAUGUUGUGCAGCAGAUGCCAUCACUUCUGAAAAAGUAUAGUCUUUGUUUUUUGUUCUUUGCUUGCUUUAAUCUAAUAUACAUUUGGGCGGUUUGCAAUGACAACUUUUGAGUUUGUUGUCUUGAACAUUAUGACAUUAAAAGAGGAUGUUACUGUA